AUGGCAGAUGCUUUAACGCUUUUCACGUCCAUUGGACUGAGUGAGCAGAAGGCGAAGGAAACUUUGAAGAACGAGGCACUGAGUGGAGCUCUCAAAGACGCCAUUGGUCAGGCACAAAAGGCACAUGGAGGGUCUGUGGACAAAGCUAUAGGGAUUCUCCUCUACAGCAUGGCCUCUCGUCUCAAAGACACAAAACGCCUGUCAUUCCUCACCGAAAUGAUUGCUCAUCGUAGGAUCACGACAGAGCUGCAGCUGGCAGCGGCGUUGGAAUUUGUGAAGAGCAACCCCAAAGAUCCAAUUAACCAGAAGCAAUUUGAAGAGGAUUGUGGAUUGGGCGUGAUCAUAACACCAGAGCAAAUCGAAGAAGCAGUGGAAUCUGUUAUUAAGAAGCACAAAGAACAGCUGUUGAAGGAUAGGUACCGCUUCAAUAUGGGACUGUUAAUGGGUGAUGCUCGCUCUGCUCUUAAAUGGGCAGAUGGAAAAGUAAUCAAAAACGAAGUGGAUAUGCAGGUGCUCCAUCUCCUCGGACCCAAGACCGAAUCUGACCUUGAGAAGAAACCCAAGGCUCCUAAAGCAAAAGCUGACAAUGAUGUGAAAGUAAAGAAAGAGGAAGCCUCUGUAAAUGGUGAUGCAGCAUUUGAAGGGAAAUCUCUAAUGGAGCAGCUGAGAGGAGAAGCCCUAAAGUUCCAUAAACCAGGCGAGAACUUCACAACUGAGGGUUACGUGGUUACUCCAAACACGAUGGAACUUUUGAAAAAACAUCUGGAAUUUACAAAAGGACAGAUUCGAACCCGUUUUCCACCAGAGCCCAAUGGCAUUCUUCAUAUUGGGCACGCUAAAGCCAUCAACUUUAAUUUUGGGUAUGCCAAGGCGAACAGUGGAAUCUGCUUCUUAAGAUAUGAUGACACAAAUCCAGAAAAAGAAGAGGAAAAAUACUUCACUGCUAUAAAGGACAUGGUUGAAUGGCUCGGCUACAAACCAUAUGCAGUAACCCACGCUUCCGACAACUUCCAGAAACUAUAUGAUCUUGCGGUGGAGUUAAUACGUCGAGGCCAUGCGUAUAUCUGCCAUCAGAAGGGCGAGGAGCUGAAGGGUCACAACCCACCCCCCUCUCCGUGGCGGGAUCGUCCCAUUGAAGAAUCACUGGUUUUGUUUGAGCGAAUGAAGAAAGGGCUGUUUGCAGAAGGAGAGGCGACACUUCGGAUGAAAAUGGUGAUGGAGGACGGAAAGUCGGACCCAGUCGCCUACAGGAUAAAAUACACGCCACAUCACAGGACCGGAGACGAAUGGUGCAUCUAUCCCACAUAUGACUACACUCAUUGUCUGUGUGAUUCCAUUGAAAACAUCACACACUCUCUCUGUACCAAAGAGUUUCAAGCAAGACGAUCGUCCUACUACUGGUUGUGCAAUGCCCUGGAUGUGUACUGCCCUGUGCAGUGGGAAUACGGCCGUCUGAACCUCACCUACACUGUUGUGUCCAAGAGGAAAAUCAUUAAGCUUGUGGAAACUGGAGUGGUCAGAGACUGGGAUGAUCCUCGUCUCUUCACUUUGACAGCGCUGAGACGACGGGGUUUCCCAGCAGAGGCGAUCAACAACUUCUGUGCACGAGUUGGAGUCACCGUUUCUCAGACGACCACAGAGCCGCACCUCUUGGAGUCUUGUGUGAGAGAAGUGUUGAAUGAAGCUGCUCCUCGGGUGAUGGCCGUGCUCGAGCCACUCAAAGUCACCAUCACUAACCUGCCAGAGGAUUUUAGGUUGGACGUAACUGUUCCAGACUUUCCUGCAAACGAGGCCAGAGGCAGCCACAAAGUUCCCUUCACGAGAACUGUCUACAUCGAGCAGAGCGACUUCCGAGAGGUGAUGGAGAAGGGAUACAAACGUUUAACACCAGAACAACCAGUUGGCCUAAGACAUGCAGGGUACAUCAUAAAUACUCAGAAGGUUAUCAAGGAUGCGCAGGGAAAUGUGGUUGAGCUGGAGGUGACCUGCUCGAGUUCGGUUUCAGCGGAGGCAAAUCAAAAACCAAAAGCGUUCAUUCACUGGGUCAGCGAGCCCUUGACUUGUGAAGUGCGGCUCUACGAGAGACUGUUUUUGCAUAAGCAUCCUGAAGAUAGUUCUGAGGUACCUGGCGGUUUCCUGACUGACAUUAACCCUAACUCCCUGCAGACUAUUAGCAGUGCCUUCUUAGAUACAUCAGUGAAAGGAGCCAAAGUGUUUGACAAAUUUCAGUUUGAGAGGGUUGGGUAUUUCUCACUUGAUCCUGACAGCACAUCAGACAAGCUCGUCUUCAACAGAACAUCGCACAGUAAAAGAGUUGCUGUAUAUUGCUUACGAGUGAUGAAUAACUCUCUCGAUGGCACAGGCUCCUAUGAGGAGCUGGUUCGACAGAAGGCUCGUAGCAUCCCUCAACAUCGCAUGAAGGAGUUCCUGGAGUCUUUGGCCAAUAAGGGUCCUGAUGCCCUGCAGGAGUUCACCCAGCACAGUGAUGUUGCUACUACAACCACUAUGGUGUAUCAACAAGACACUAACUGCAUUUACACAGACAGUACAGAGGUUGCUGGUUCACUUCUUGAACUGGCUUGCCCGGUGCAAGUUCAAGUCCAGUCACAGCAGCAGCAAAUACAAGAGGUAACUUCACAACAACAGAAUGUCCAAGUCCAGGGCACAGAGCAGAUUGUACAGGUACAGAUAGCCCAACAACAGGGUCAGAUGCUGGGUCAGGUUCUUCAAGUUCCCACUGGUUCCCACCAACAGCUUCAAGGUUUUACAACGGCACAGCUGAUUCAACCUGGGGAGCUCACAGAGGAACAGCACCAACAGCUCCAAGCUCAGCUAGCAGCUGCUGUAGCAGGAGGCCAGCAGAUUCAGAUACAAACUGUUGGAGCUUUGUCUCCAACUCAACAGGACAAUGAUCGGAGGAUACUGGGAACAACUGUUGCCACAUCUCAAGGAGCUGGUGUUUUACAGCCUGCAAAGAAGCGCAAAGUGGACAUGCCGAUCACAGUGUCUUAUGCUCUGCCUGGUCAGCAGGUAGCCACAGUACUGGCCAUCCCUCAAGGCCAAGGUCAGCAGCAGAGUUACGUGUCCCUGCGCCCGGACCUCUUAACGCUCAUGAAUGGGAACAUCCACAUCCCAGUGGCAGUCCAGGGCUACUCCAACACUCAGUCUCUGAUCUGGGACCCUCAGCAGCAGGUGUUGCACACACAAGGACUGACGGGCCACGAGGCUCAACAACUGCAGACUGUGGCAGUAGCAGAAGUGGAUGGUCAACAGCAAGUACAUGUUCAGGAGCUGCUGCUUCCAGCAACUCUGAAGCCAGAAGAAGGACUUGAGGUGUGGCGUCUGUGGGCUCAAAGGAAGAAUGCUGACUUGGAAAAAUCUGAUUCAAAUAAACUUGCUCCAAUUGGAAGGCGCCAGGCCUUGCGCUUCCAGGAGGAUUUGGUGUCUUGUGCUGUAGCGGAGCUCUGCUUGGGCCUGAGCUAUAUGACGACUGAAGCCCGUGGGAUGGAAGGAGAGUCAUAUGAGGCCGAUGUUAUUUAUUACGUCUUUCUCUGCAUGCAAAAAUAUCUUUUCGAUAAUGGUCGAGUGGAUGACAUUUUCUCAGAUCAGUACUACGCACGGUUUAGUCAAAGUUUGCACCAGAUUUUGGAGCCAUGGAGACCAACUGUUCAUCAACUAGGUUAUGUCAUUCCCAGUCAUGUGACUGAGGAGAUGUUGUGGGAAUGCAAACAGCUCGGAGCUCACUCCCCGUCAACGUUACUUACAACUCUAAUGUUCUUCAACACAAAAUAUUUUCACCUUAAAACAAUAGAUCAACAUUUAAGAGUGGCCUUUUCCAAAGUGCUGAGACAUACACGAAAGAGUCACAGUAACCCUAAAGAUAAAACCACCAGUAUACGGUUCCUGAGGGCCACAGAGCGGUUCAUUGGGCAGAAGGUGACAGACGACAUGUAUUGUGAGCAAGUGGAGGACCCUGACAAUCCCCUGAGAUGUCCCAUAAAGCUGUAUGAUUUCUACCUCUUUAAAUGCCCACAGAGUGCUAAAGGCCGGAAUGACACGUUUUACCUGACGCCAGAGCCCGUAGUGGCCCCCAACAGUCCCAUCUGGUACUCUACUCAGCCCAUCCCUAAAGAGCAUCUGGAGCAGAUGCUGGCGCGCAUCCUUGUCGUGCGAGAAAUCCAGGAAGCCAUUGCCUUAUCCGAGCAUCAGUAG